AUGUUUAGCAUCAAUGCUAGGACAAAGGUUCCCAUUUGGGUUCCUUUCAUAGCUAGAAAAGGGUUCCUGAUGUCCACGAGGCAACUUGCUGAACCAAAACUCAAUCAAGUAUCCUCUUUGAAUACUAGAAAUAUAGGAAUCAUCGCCCAUAUUGAUGCUGGAAAAACUACAACCACCGAAAGAAUGCUUUUUUAUAGUGGAAAGACAACCACAAUGGGAGAUGUUGAUCAGGGAGAUACCGUCACCGACUAUUUACCAUCUGAGAGACUGAGAGGUAUUACAAUUCAACUGGCGGCUAUUACCAUUCCAUGGAACAAUAAUAAGAUCAAUAUCAUUGAUACUCCAGGUCACGCUGAUUUUACGUUUGAAGUGAUUAGAUCGCUCCGCGUGCUUGAUGGAUGUGUGACGAUUUUGGAUGCAGUGGCUGGAGUCGAGGCACAGACCGAAAAAGUAUGGAAACAAGCUCAGGCAUUGAAGAUUCCUCGAAUAGCAUUUGUGAACAAAAUGGAUCGCCCGGGGGCUGGCUUCAGUCGAACAGUGAAAGAAGUGGUGCAAAAACUUCAAACCAAAGUGGUCUUGUGCAAUAUUCCAUACUUUGAAAUGCUGAAAGAUGAUGCAGUGUUUGUGGGAGUAAUCGAUAUUCUUCACAACAAGAUACUAAAAUGGAACAUUGACGAGGAUCCCAAUGGUCGAGAUAUCACUGUGAUAGACCUUCAAGAGGCUAAAGAAAGCCACCAAGAAGCAUAUAUGGAAGCAUUAAAGUGCCGUGAGUCAAUGGUGGAAACGUUGGGCGGCAUCGAAGAAACAGUUGUUGACGCCUUCUUGGAAUGCGACGAGGAUUACAUGAAGAUACCUUCGUCGAUUCUCAAGCUGGCUAUUAGAAAAGCAUGCAUUUCAAACCAAGUUACACCGGUAUUCUGUGGUUCUGCAUUUCGCAAGAUAGCAGUACAACCACUUUUAGAUGGGGUGGUAGACUACUUACCAUCACCUCUUCAAACACCCGUUCCAGAGAUCACCGCUUCAACAUCAAAAGUGUCAAAAAAGCAAAAACAAAAGAAAAAUUCAAAAGUUUCCUCCGUACCAAUAGAAAUGAAUCCAAAAAAAGGGCUUAUUGUUAACAAGAACCCCCAACUAACGGUUGCCUUAGCGUUCAAGGUGAUGACACACGCUACAAGAGGAGUCAUGACGUUCUUCAGGGUAUAUUCCGGGUCGUUGACAUCCAAUACGACGGUUGUUAAUACUCGUACGGGAAAGAAACUCCACUUGAAUAAAGUGUUAUUAAUGCAUGGUGACACUCCAGAACCAGUUUCACAGAUUAGUUCUGGAAACAUCGGUGUAAUUACUGGAACUGAAAAUGACGUUAUAACUGGUGAUACUUUGGUAUCGCAUGGUCCAGUGAAGCGCAAUUUCACUGAUCUUGAAACGAGCAUCAAACUUUUACCAAUUGAAAUACCACCACCUCUUUUCAAUUCCAGUAUCGAGCCUCUCACUGCCGGUGAUGCCAGGUACAUGAACGAGUGUAUUAACACUUUGAUAAGAGAGGAUCCUUCGUUGAAUGUAAAUGUCGAUGAAGAAUUGGGCCAAACUAUUUUAAGUGGCAUGGGAGAAUUGCACCUUGAAAUAGUCAGAGACCGCUUGAUCAAUGAUAUGAAGGCAAAGAUUAGGUUGCGCAAUGUUGCUGUGUCGUUUAAAGAGACUGUAUCAAAGCCUAGUCUUGAAGUUGUGAAGGCUAGCAAAAAUGAUGGUUUGGUCAAGGUGGAGGUAUCACUCGAGGCAAUUGAUGGUCCAGCUGAAGAGUCUACUCAUGCGGAUGAGAAUGGGUCGGUACUACUUGAGACUGAUAACAAUGUUGUAAAAUUACCUCCAGAAGCAGCGGCAUCUCAUAUUAAUGAGAGUCUUUCGGAAAGGCGAUGGAAAUCUGAACAUUCUCUUGAAGAAUUGAACGACAUUAUUUUGCAAGGUAUAACGACUGGUUUGCAAUUGGGUGGUCCGAUAUUGGGGCUUCCGCUUCAUUCGGUAGUUGUUAGAGUUAUACAUUGGGAUUUUCCUGUCGAAGGUAAAGAGGUGUCAGCAUCCAUGCUUCUUGACGCCAGUAGACAGGUGGUCAGAGAAGCACUCAGCAAGCUUCCAGAGUCUUCCUUCUGCAUUCUUGAGCCUAUAAUGCUGACCAGAGUGUAUGUUGACUCCGGAUCAAUGGGUGAAGUUGUUCAUGAUCUUAGCCACAGAUGCCUGGCACACAUAACGUCGAUUGAAGAUGAAAGUGAGAACAUGGAUUCCAAUGCAUGGGCAAACGAGGAAGCCGAGAAUCUCUAUUUGCCACAAGAUUAUACCAUGAAGUCGGGUAAAAAUGCGGUAAAUUUCACCAACAAAAAAGUAGUUGUUGCAGAAACUCCAUUGCGAGACAUGGUUGGGUAUCUUUCAAAACUUCGGUCCAUUACCCAAGGCCGUGGAGUCUUUGACAUGACAUACUUGGGAAUGAGAAGAGCAAUUCGUCCUGUCUUACUAGACAGCUAA